GUUUAACAUUAAAAAAUGCUGUGAUAAAUAGAAUCUUAAUGAAAUUUAAAAUAGUUUCAAAAUUAUAUUUCCUUUGAAAGAUAAAUCUGUCUUCACGAGAUAUCCUAUAAAAUAAAAUAUCUUUUUCAGCAAGGAAAAAAUAUCUUCAAAGGAAAUUAAAAUGUAUAAAACAUAAGAUAAAAAAAAAAAAAAAAUGGGAAGGAGAAGAAGAAGAGGAGAAGGAAAGAUGACAACUUGAAAAAGAUUCUACCCUCCAUUGACAAAUAAGCUGUAAUGUAAAGACUAGAGAGCGAAACUCACACUGUAAGAGAAGACAGAAAAGAGAUGAGCUCUCAGCUCUUACCCAUCAUUGCAACGCCAUCACCAUCACCAUCACCACUUCAUUCAAAAACACGCCAUUCUACUACUAUUAACACACUCCCACGAAGAACCUAUAUCCCCGGUCACAUAUACAAGCACCCAACUGCAGUUCUGUUAGAGCUCUGCACUUCAGUUAAAGAACUGCACCAAAUCAUUCCUUCUAUUAUUAAAAACGGUUUCUACAGUGAAGAGCUUUUCCAAACAAAGCUCAUUAGUCUUUUCUGUAACUAUGGUAGCUUAACAGAAGCUGCUCGUGUUUUUGAACCAAUUGAGAAUAAAUUAGAAGCCCUUUAUCAUACUAUGCUUAAAGGGUUUGCAAAGAAUUCAUCUUUGGAUUCUGCUUUGUUAUUCUUUUGUAGAAUGAAGCAUGAUAAUGUUAGACCUGUUGUUUAUAAUUUCACUUAUUUGUUGACACUUUGUGGAGAUAAUUUUGAUCUUAGAAGAGGUAAAGAGAUUCAUGGACAGUUGAUUACUAGUGGGUUUUCUUGGAAUUUGUUUGCUAUGACUGCGGUUGUUAGUUUGUAUUGUAAAUGUAGAGUAAUUGGUGAUGCAUAUAAGAUGUUUGAUAGAAUGACUGAGAGGGAUUUGGUUUGUUGGAACACUAUUAUUUCUGGGUAUGCACAAAAUGGGUUGACUAAAGUGGCAUUAGAGUUGGUUCCAAAGAUAUUUGAGGAAGGACAUAGGCCUGAUUCUGUUACGAUUGUUUCUGUUUUGCCUGCCGUUGCAGAUAUAAGGUCAUUGAGAUUUGGGAAGGCUAUUCAUGCUUAUGUUAUUAGAGCUGGGUUCGAUUGGCUUGUGAAUAUUUCAACUGCUUUGGUAGAUAUGUAUUCGAAAUGUGAUUCUGUGGGGACUGCUAGAGUAAUUUUUGAUGGGAUGGGUAGUAGAACUGUUGUUACAUGGAAUUCAAUGAUUGCUGGGUGUGUGGAAAAUGGAGAUCCUGAGGAAGCAAAGGUGCUUUUCAAGAAAAUGAUGGAUGAAGGGCUUCAGCCAACUGAUGUUACUGUCAUGGAAGUUUUACAUGCCUGUGCUGAUUCGGGUGAUCUUGAGCAGGGAAAGUUUGUUCAUAAACUAGUGGAGGAUUUGAAACUUGAUUCUAAUGUUUCUGUAAUGAAUUCUCUGAUUUCGAUGUAUUCCAAAUGCAAGCAGGUCGAUUUUGCUGCCAAUUUGUUUGAAAACUUGCAAAACAGAACUCUUGUAUCAUGGAAUGCCAUGAUAUUGGGGUAUGCCCAGAAUGGGCGGCUAAAUGAGGCUUUAAAUUUCUUUUGUGAGAUGCAAUCUCAAAAUAUAAAGCCGGAUUCAUUCACAAUGGUAAGUGUGAUUCCUGCUCUUGCCGAGUUAUCAAUUCCACGUCAGGCAAAAUGGAUUCAUGGACUUGUUAUAAGAAGGCUCUUAGAUGAUACUGUUUUUGUGAUGACUGCUCUUGUUGACAUGUAUGCAAAAUGUGGAGCUAUUCACACUGCAAGGAAGCUCUUUAAUAUGAUGAGUGAAAGGCAUGUCAUAACUUGGAAUUCUAUGAUAGAUGCCUAUGGAACGCAUGGGCUUGGAAAAGAAGCUGUACAACUUUUUGUGGAAAUGCAGAAGGGAACCAUCAAGCCAAAUGAUGUUACUUUUCUUUGUGUUCUCUCUGCUUGCAGCCACUCAGGUUUAGUGGAAGAAGGGCGGCAACAUUUUGACAGCAUGAAAAAGGAUUAUGGACUCGAACCCAAUAUGGAUCAUUAUGGAGCCAUGGUUGACCUCCUUGGUCGAGCUGGCCGGCUCAGUGAAGCUUGGGAUUUUAUUCAGAAGAUGCCUGUUGAACCAGGGAUAACUGUUUAUGGUGCCAUGCUGGGUGCUUGCAAAAUUCACAAGAAUGUUGGGUUGGGGGAGAAGGCAGCAUACAGACUCUUUGAGUUGAACCCAGAAGAGGGCGGAUAUCAUGUCUUGCUGGCUAACAUGUAUGCCACGGCUUCAAUGUGGGACAAAGUGGCUGAAGUUAGAAAAAUGAUGCAGAAGAAAGGGCUUCAAAAAACUCCAGGAUGUAGUUUAGUAGAAUUAAGAAAUGAGGUUCACAGUUUCUAUUCUGGCAGUACAAGCCAUCCCCAGUCCAGAAAGAUCUAUGCUUUUCUUGAGACUCUAGUUGACAGGAUUAAAGCUGCUGGUUAUGUUCCUGACACCAAUUCAAUCCAUGACGUUGAAGAUGAUGUCAAGGAGCGGUUGCUGAAUACCCAUAGUGAGAAAUUGGCUAUUGCCUUUGGGCUUCUGAAUACAAGCCCUGGUAUACCCAUACACAUCAGGAAGAAUCUACGAGUUUGUGGCGAUUGUCAUAGCGCAACUAAGUACAUUUCACUUGUUACUGGACGGGAAAUCAUAGUGCGUGACAUGCAUAGGUUUCACCACUUCAAGGACGGGUUCUGUUCCUGUGGAGAUUACUGGUGAAUUUGACUUCUGAUUGCUGAGUGUUAAUGUACCAUGUUUGGAGGUCAAGGGCAUUAGAGGAACUGACACAUAAAGUUUCUGGAAAGUUUCCUUCUGCACUUUACAAGCACCACUCACCAUUAAGCCAAAUUACCCAACGAUUCACAGUUGAAGUCUUUAGCAACCGAAUAGAAAACAGGCUUCUUGCGGAAGAUACCUGCUCUGUACCAAGCUCCGUGACUAAAGGUAUUUAAUGCCCGCUAUUUUUACAGUAACAGAAAGAACUGCAAUUUUGCAGUAAUUCUAGGAUACUCUCGCCAUUGCAAAAAUGGAAGCUUUCUUUAAAAGAAAAAUUUUAAGAAAUAAAAAUCAAAAGCUGCUGCAUGCAGACCUA